GGAAGUGUAGUUCUCCCUCUCUGAUAAGGUUAAACAUCUGUGCUGUGAUCACAGGCAGCUUCAGUACCUUCCGGGGAAGGACUACAGCUCCCAGGAAUGCUUUGCAGCUCUGUAGGAGUAAAAGCCUUACAAUAGAAGGGACUCUAUGGGGCUAAGACAGCUGCACAUGUGAUCUCUGUGGGUAACUGCCUUAUUCCUCAGCAUCCUUAGUUUGUCAGGGUUUGCUUUAAAAAAAAAUCCCUCAUAGUCCUGCCUGCAGAUCGCCCCCCUUUUUCUUCUGUCUAAUCUUUCACUGCCUUUCCUGGUAACCUGAAAUCAGACCAGAGUCUCUCUGCACUGGCAGCCAUUAAGAGAGAAAAAACGGGCAGAGGGAAUAGGAAUCUCUAAAUACUGAUUGAUUAAAAAAAAAAAACCGGAUCUGGGGUCCUCAUGGUCUGAGGAGUUCCAGCCAAGAAAGCCCAUCUACACCCGGUUCAUUCCAGCAUCAGAGGGGAAUGGCUGAGGAGAUCUCCGCUCAGAGGCUGGUAACAUUUGAGGAUGUCAGUGUCUAUUUCUCCCCGGAGGAGUGGGUGAUUUUGGAAGAAUGGCAGAGAGAGUUUUACCGGGACGUCAUGAGGGAGAAUUAUGAGCUUCUGAUCUCAAUGGCAGGUCAUUCUGUUACGAAACGUGACCUCCCGCCACAGACCGAGCGAGGGGAGGACCCGCCACGUCCCAGGGCGUGGAGCGACGUAGAGGAAAAGGGGACUCUGCAGAGCUCCUUCACAGAUGAUGACAACUCUACUAUAAAAUCAGAACCACCUGACCCCUUACCAGAGAGAUCAGAAGAGAGUCUCUCCAUGUCUCCAGACUGGAGAAAUGCCUACAAGAUCCAGUGCAAACCACAAAGGCAACAGAUGUACCAUGCAGAAGCCAAGCAUGAGAAACUAACUAUAAAAUUAGAGCCAAGUGAGCCCUCAUCAGAAAAGUCUGAAGAAGAUCUUUCCACAUCUUCAGACAUCUACAGGAUCCAGUGCAAACCAGAAAGGCAGCAGAUGAACCCCACCGGAGCAGAGAAUGAGAACCUUACUGUGAAAUUAGACUCACCCGAACUAUCACCGGAACAGUCCAAAGACACUGUUCUUAAGUCUUCAGACUGGGACAGCAUCUUCAGGAUCCCUUGCAAAUCAGGAAGGCAGCCGGUGAGCCUCAUUGAAGCGACCCAUGAGACCUCUGCUAUAAAACUGGAGGUAUCGGACCGAUCAUCGGAAACACGCCAAGAGAACGUGGCCAUGAAUCCAGACUGGGGGAGUGUCUGCAGGGUCCCAUGCAGAUCACAAAGGCAGCUGAGGAGCACUCUAGAGGCUGAGGCUGAACAAUCCAGCUUUGGCAACAUGGAGAAUUUUGCACUUUUCCAAGGACACCUGAAGAGAGAAAUGCCAUACGUGUGCAUGGAAUACAAAGACAACUUUGCGGAUCAGGUUGGCCUGGAACCACACCAGGGAAAGCUCCCACUGGAGGCUCCAUUUAACUGGACUGAUUGCAGCAGCAGCUUUGGGCCGAUGUCCCUUCUCAUGACUCAUCGGGAAACCCACAUGGGAGUGAGGCCAUACAUCUGCACCGAAUGCAAGAAGGGCUUCAAUCACAAACAAGACUUGAUACGGCAUUACCGUAUCCACACGGGAGAGAGGCCCUAUCAGUGCACUGAAUGCGGGAGAAGCUUCAUCCAGAAAACGCACCUUAUAACGCACUUCCGAAUCCACACGGGCGAGAGGCCAUUUCCAUGCACCGAGUGUGGGAAAAACUUCAGGAAGAAAACCCACCUGGUGCGGCACCAGAGGACUCACUCGGGAACCCGGCCGCUUCCCUGCUCUGUAUGCCAGAAGAACUUCAGCCACAAGCAAGAUCUCGCCAGGCACCAGCAGAUCCACACAGGGGAACGGCCGUUCACGUGCAUCGAGUGUGGGAAGAACUUCAGCUGGAAGAAGAAUCUUAUCACCCACCAGCGUAUCCACACGGGGGAGCGGCCCUUCAGCUGCGUCAAGUGUGGGAAAAGCUUCAGCUGGAAGAAAUACCUCAUCACGCACCAGAAGACCCAUGAGGAGAAGAGACUGUACAACUGCCCUCACUGCGACAGGAGCUUCUGCCAGAAGUCUGUGCUCACCAUGCACCAGAAGACGCACCUCGAGAGGCGAUCCUACACCUGCGCCAUAUGCCAGAGGAGCUUUGGUCACAAGCAGGACCUCAUAAGGCACCACCGGAUCCACACCGGAGAGAGACCCUUCGCCUGCAGUGAAUGCGGGAAGAGCUUCAGCCAGAAGACUCACCUGGUUACCCACUUCAGGAUCCACACAGGUGAGAGGCCGUUCCUGUGCAGCGAAUGCGGGAAAGGGUUCAGCAAGAAAACCCACCUGAUGAGGCACCAGCAAAUCCACACAGGGGAGCGCCCCUUCAGGUGCACCCAGUGCGACAAAGGCUUCAGCUGCAAGAAGAACCUCCUCACCCACCAGCUGAUCCACUCGGGGGACGUGACCCUCUAUGCCUGCGCCGAGUGUGAGAAGAGCUUCACCUGGAAGAAGAACCUCAUCACCCACCAGAAGAUCCACGCGGGGAAGAAGCCGUUCAUCUGCACCGAGUGCGGGAAGAGCUUCAGCCAGAAAACCCACCUGAACGCCCACCAGCGCAUCCAUACCGGAGAGCGGCCCUUCCCCUGCGCCCAGUGCGGGAAGGCCUUCAGCCAGAAGUCCAUCCUCAUCACACACCAGAAGACCCACCUGGGCAGCCGGCCCUACGCCUGCACGGAGUGUGAGAAGAGAUUCAGCCACAAGCAGGACCUGAAGAGACACCUGAGGAUCCACACAGGAGAGAGGCCCUAUGCAUGCACCGAGUGCGGCAAGAGCUUCAACCAGAGGACACACCUCGUCACGCACUACAGGAUCCACACCGGGGAGAGGCCCUUCCCCUGCGACCUCUGCGGGAAGCGCUUCAGCAAGAAAACACACCUCAUGAGGCACCAGAGAGUGCACGCAGUGGUAAAGCCGCACGUGCGCUUACUCAACAUGGGGGCCAUCGCCAUGGGGAGCCAGCUUUCGGUCUCGGUUGGAAGUCCUAUCUCACUCGGGGAUCCGCUGAAGGAGGAGACCAUAUACAUUUACCAGCUGUGAAAGAAGAGCAACACUAGACACCUGCCCAACGGAGCUGAGCAAGGAAGGUGCAAGGAAGAAGCUUCUUGUAAAAUAACCACUCAGAAUCCAGACACUGCUGAAUGUGAGAGAAGCUUCAUUCUUGCUCCACAGCAAGGCCACAUGCCUGGACCCAGUGUGCAGGAGCAGGUCCAGUCUAACCGUCCAGCUCCUGUUCCCACCAGCAAAUGCGCACAGAGCAGAAUCCGUGUCUCUUUAUCAGGCUGAAGUCUGCAGAUAAACUUCAUAGCACUCCAGGGACCAGCCUAGCGCUGGGACCCUAGAGGAAAGGUUCGUCUCCUCUCUAAGGUUAAUUAGUGGCCUCACACAAAGAACAUACUUUGGCCCCAAUUUGCAGCAAGUUGCCUUAGUUGCACAUGCAGAAGUUGAGUGCAUCUGUCUGUGCCCCCGAAAGUGCAUCAGCCUACGCAAGACGAACAACUGCCUGCACAAAGCACGCUGGGGGUGCAGUACUUGUGAGCACUGUUAAAGAGUCCCCCUGGAAACACGUCCCUUUGUAUCCUGGAUGUGAGAAGAACGUCCAUCACAACUGGACAUUUUAAAGGUCACAAGACAGUCCACAUAGACAUUCACCGGGAGGAAUAUACCGGGAGGAAUAUAAGCUUCACUACUCGGUCCUGCUUCAGUCUACUCUGCAGAUCUGAACCAGGAGAGCAAAGACAGAACUGCAAUGAAUGUGUGAAAAGCUGCUAUCGAUGUUUAUGUGUAAAUUUCAAAUGGGAUCAUCGCAGGAAUCAACAAACCACAAAGACUGCCCUCAGUCAAACUCAGACUGAGUUUGUGUGUGUAUGAGGGUGGGGGGGAUGUGAGAAAACCUGGACUUGUGCUGGAAAUGGCCCACCUUAAUUAUGCACAUUGUAGGGAGAGUGGUCACUUUGGAUGAGCUAUUACCAGCAGGAUAGUGAGUUUGUGUGUGUGGUUUUUGGGAGGGGGGUGAGGGGGUGAGAGAACCUGGAUUUGUGCAGGAAAUGGCCCAACUUUAUUAUCAUGCACAUUGUGUAGAGAGUUGUCACUUUGGAUGGGCUAUCACCAGCAGGAGAGUGAAUUUGUGUGGGGGGGUGGAGGGUGAGAAAACCUGGAUUUGUGCUGGAAAUGGCCCACCUGAUGAUCACUUUAGAUAAGCUAUUACCAGCAGG